GGUCUCAAGAUCUCCACCUCGAUUUUCGCCAUUGAAAUCCACCAACCCACCAUGGCCGACCACCUGCUCUAAAGUCUAAACCCUCUUAUUCCUCCUUUUCAUUCCUUCCUCUGACCAUACCAUAAAAGCAAGAAAUCCAUCUUGAUUUUAUCCCUUAUAGGAUUGAUCGAAUCCAUUGACGAAUAGUGAUCUUCCUUUCUGGGGUUUCACCAUUAAUUUCGUAGUAAUGAAAGAAAACGAUUCACAAAUCUGUUCGGUAUCAUCUGAUUGGGUUUAUUUGGGUUCAGACUUAACAGGUUUGAUCCUCUCUUACCUACCCAUCCGAUCCAUUGUGAGAGCCAGUGCAGUCUGCAAGUUCUGGCACUCCGUCGUCACUAACCCUUCAUUCUCCUGUCGCGUUUCCGCAGUCAAGAAGCCUUGGUUCUUCCUUUUCGGCCAGAACAACAUCUUCAUCAAGAACAACCAAGCCUUCGCCUUCGAUCCAGAAGCUGAUGAGUGGAUCCGCCUCCCUUCCAAUCUAUGCCCCUCUCCUUGCCAAGAGGAAUCCUUCCUCGGUUCUGGUGGUUUUUUCUUCACCACCACCUCCUCCACCACUUCUCGCUUCAGCUACUCUCCCAUUCUCUGCCGUUCAUGGCGAGAAACAUCACCACUUAAUUUCUCUCGCUGUAAUCCCCUCGUCAGCGUCUUUGAUGACGAUUUGGGUCUUUCUCGUUUCAUCGUCGUCGGUGGAGUCAGAUUCAUCGGUGGCCUAGUAGACAUCGAGGACCGCUUGGCCGUCGAGAUCUACGACCCCAAGAUUGAUACUUGGGAGGUCUGCCCUCCCUUGCCGGCCCAUUUCAGAUCCGGCAACUCAUCUCAGUGGCUCACAUCUGCUCUGUUCAAAGGGAAAGUAUUCGUCUUUGGCAUCUACUCCUGCUUCGUAUCUUCCUUCGAUCUAAAGCUCCACUUGUGGAGUGAAGUGCAGACGCUAAGGCCACCUGGGGUGAUGUUCUCGUUCUUGCUAGCUUGCAGAGACCAGCUUAUCCUGGCGGGUCUCUGCAACAACCCAAGAGGGCCCUCUUUUAACCUGUGGAGAAUCGAUGAGGAGACGACAGAGUUCACUGAGAUUGCGAUCAUGCCUCAAGACCUGCUGGAAUGCUUGUUUGACAGUGAUGAAGAUGAGAAAUUUGCGAGCUUGAAGUGUGUGGGAUUGGGGGAUUUGAUCUAUGUGUUCAAUGAAGAGCAUCACAAGAUAUACCCAGCUUGUGUUUGCGAGAUUAGCAGCGAUUUGAGUAAAUGUAAUUGGAGAAAGGUACCUAAUUUGCCGGCACAGGUGAAUCGAUUUCACAAGGUUAUCAGCUUCUGUUCUCAGAUUCCACUCCAACAUGUUCUCACUUCUCAGGGAUGAAGAGGAUGGAGAAGACAUGAGAGACCGAAACACAUGCAGCAAAGAACAGGGGCCAGACCUAAGAAAAUUGGGUUUUUCUGGGUGGCUUUUUUCCUGAAUCCAAAUUCCAAACAUGCCCUUAGUCACCUAGAAAGUUGACUUUUAUUGUGCAAUAAUCACCCAAUUUGGAUUUAGAUUUAGUUUUCCAUUAUCUUAAUUUCCUUUGAAAAGAGUGUACCUGGUACGCAAGACUUUCACAUGUGCGAGUUCCGAAGAAGUAGACUUCUCGAGAGACUGUUUAAACUGCUUGACCACCGGGUCAUAACAUUCGUAUCAUUAUCUUAAUUUCCUUUCUAUUUGUAUAAUAAGGGUAUAAAUGUAUUAUUGUAUGAACAAUUUUUCCCACUAGGUUUCAGUUACAGCCAACAUUCCCUGGGGAAGAAAAUAUGUAAAAUAUAACUCCUCUACAGUUGGUAUAUGUUUUUCUGUUUGUUGUUUAAA